AUGUUUGCCAGAGUGUUGAGACAACAGGCCCGGCGCGGCGCCAGACAGUACUCGUCGGAGUCGUUCACCAACAAGCACGGCUUCAACUUGAACCCGCCCCCCGUCCACGCCUACUGGAACGCCCGUAACGCCACCGUCCUCGUCGCGUUCGUCCCCGUCUUCCUCGGCGCCGGGGCCCUCGCCAAGUACGUCGGCUACAACUUGCCCGGGUGGGACGGGUUGUUGGAGUUCUCCAAGCUGGAACAGCUGCCCGUGGGUAAGCAGGCGUUCGCUGAACCCCAGCCCUACAAGAACUAA